AUGGCGACGGUAGUGAUGGAGCAGAUCGGCCGCUUGUUCAUCAACGUACAGCAGCUGAAUCAGAUCCCUCAGCUGCUGGAGUCAGCCUUCCCCACUCUGCCGUGCACUCUGAGCGUCAGUGACGUACCCCAGGUCUUCAGGGAGUCAUACAUCUUUACAGGCUACCGGCCGCCCGACCACAGCUGGCGCUACUACUUCCUCUCGCUCUUCCAGAGGCACAACGAGACGAUCAACGUGUGGACGCAUCUGCUGGCCUCGCUCAUCAUCCUCGCCAAGUUCCGAGAGGUCUCAGAGACUGUGGACUUCCUGCGUGACCCUCAUGCGCAGCCACUUUUCAUCGUUCUUCUGACAGCAUUUGCGUACCUGGCCUGCAGCGCCCUGGCUCAUCUUCUUUCUGCCAAGUCUGAACUAUCACACUACACCUUCUACUUCCUGGACUAUGUCGGCGUGGCUGUGUACCAGUAUGGCAGUGCCCUGGUGCACUUCUACUACGCCAUAGAGGAAACAUGGCAUGCUCGAAUCCACGGCUUGUUCUUACCCACUUCAGCCUUUCUGGCGUGGCUCUCGUGCUCUGGCUGCUGCUAUGGCAAGUAUGCCAGUCCACGCCUGCCCAAGUUUGCCCACAAGCUGUGCCAGGUAGUGCCCUCAGGCCUAGCCUACUGCUUGGACAUCAGCCCUGUGUUGCAUCGGAUCUACAGCUGCUAUAGUUCACAGCAGGGCUGCACUGACCCGGCCGUGGGUUUCCACUGCUAUCAGGUCCUCUUUUUCCUGAUCAGUGCCUACUUCUUCUCCUACCCUCACCCAGAGAGCUGGUUCCCCGGGCGCUGCGACUUCAUCGGCCAGGGCCACCAGAUCUUUCAUGUGUUCCUUGUUCUGUGCACGCUAAUGCAAAUCGAGGCCGUGCGUCUGGACUACAGCGAGCGUAGGCCUCUGUACGAGCGACUGCACGGUGACCUGGCUCACGACGCCGCCGCUCUCUUCGUCUUCACCACGUGCUGCAGUGCUCUGACCGCCUUCUACGUGCGGAAGCGUGUAAAGGCCAGUCUAGAGGAAAAACAGGAGUAGUCCGCUGGUCGAUAAUUCAAAGCAGAUGUCCAAGUGUGCUUUUGUUUCAUGAACCAACAAGUAUUUCCAGCCUGGUGUAUACAGUUUAUCACAUUUAUACUUUUAAACACCACCUACCAUGAAGACAAAAGAGUGAAGGAAUGGAGUAGACAAGAAGAGGGGUUUGGAAAGUCCAGUGCCUGUGAGGGGUUGCCCAUCCACCUCUUUUAUGCAAAUUUUAAAAAUGUGCAACAGUGCCGAAUCAUCUGAAGAGAUAAUCAGGAUGCAUCUACAAAUAUUUUUUCAUGACGCAUGAGUAACCAGUCCACCUAACGGCAUGUUUUGGGCUGUGGAAGGAAACCGGAAUACUACAAGAAAACUUACACUAACACCUUGAAAAUGUGCCAAACUCCAAUCAGACCCCGACUUGAAGAUAUGACUGAACCAGGGUCGCUGGGGCUCUGAGGCAUCGUCUGCUCUGUUCUUUACCAUCGUAAAUAUAACAAUAAGGUUUUAGUGACAUUAAAUGUGACACCAUCUUGUAGUAGGUAGUAGGGCUGCAACUAACGAUUAUUUUAGUAGUCGACUAAUUUGACGAUUAUUUUUUCGAUUAGUCGACUAGUCAACGAUUAUUUAUGUCAUACCCUCCAUCUCUGCCUUAA